GUGUGUGACGUCACGGGGCCAGACUGACGGAGCAGCAACCACCACAGACCGGGAUCCUCGUCCACAUCCAGGGCUGCUACGAGAUGGCGACGCGCUGUUUAUGAGCCUCCAACUCGCUAGUGAAGUGGACGAAAAAACAAAACCAACAACAAAACCAAACGCGGAGAUUAUUGUGUGGUCGAGUGUGCGGCAGCCGCACAGCAGGAGAGGGUUCCGUGUUUCUGCCCCCAAACCGGCCGCACCGCCGAGCAGAGAGCUGCAGUCAGCCCGGGAACAGACACUAAUCCCCGGACGGUCACAGUCUCGGCGGGGCUCGGACAACCGGAAUGGACCGGGCAGCACCAGCGGGAUUACAGGGGCAGUAGCAAAGGCAGCACAAAGCCGCUCUCCAGUGUUAUGCCCGUUCAGCCCUCCGUCUGACUGGAAAUGGGAGCUUUAACGAGCAGGCAGAACAUAGGCGUGGAAGAAGUGGACAUUCCGUCCAACUCCGUGUACCGAUACCCGCCGAAAUCUGGGAGUUACUUUGCCAAUCAUUUCAUCAUGGGAGGAGAGAAGUUUGACUCCACUCAUCCGGAGGGCUACCUGUUUGGAGAAAACACAGAUCUCAACUUUCUAGGGAGCAGACCAGUAGCGUUCCCCUAUCCAGCGCCUCCACCUCAGGAACCAGUAAAGACGCUACGAAGCCUUAUAAACAUUCGAAAAGACACCCUGCGGCUCGUAAGGUGCAGCGAGGACCUGAAGUUGCCAGGCGACGAGGCGGCGGGGAAAAACAGGGCCUGCUACAAUGUAGAGUUCACCUUUGACGCCGACACACAGGUGGCCAUCACCAUUUACUACCAGGCCAUAGAGGAGUUUCACAGUGGAGUGCCAGUCUAUCUGCCACAGGACAGCUCUCUGCAGUCUGAGACGGUGCACUUCAAGAGGGGAGUCAGCCAGCAGUUCUGUCUGCCCUCACACACCGUCAACCUCAGCGAAUGGGCCGAUGAAGAGCUGCUGUUUGACAUGGACAAGGAGGUCUUCCCCAUGGUUGUUCAGGCUGUCGUAGAUGAGGGAGAAGAUCAUUUGGGCCACUCUCACAUUCUGCUGGCAACGUUUGAAAAGCACAUGGACGGGAGUUACUGCGUGAAACCUUUGAAGCAGAAACAAGUGGUGGAUGGGGUGAGUUACCUGCUGCAGGAGAUCUACGGGAUAGAGAACAAAUACAACAGCCAGGAAUCAAAGGUGGCUGACGAUGAGAUCAGUGACAACAGUGCAGAGUGUGUUGUGUGUUUAUCUGACGUGCGAGACACACUUAUCUUGCCGUGCAGACACCUGUGUCUCUGCAACGCCUGUGCAGACACGCUACGCUACCAGGCCAACUGCUGCCCCAUCUGCAGACUGCCAUUCAGAGCUUUGUUGCAGAUCCGAGCAAUGAGGAAGAAACUCAGUCCUCUGUCGCCUAGCAGCUUUAACCCCGUCAUCACCUCCCAGACCUCUGACUCAGAGGAGCACUCGGCGUCGGAGCACAUCCCUCCAGGUUAUGAGGUGGUGUCUUUGCUGGAGGCCCUGAACGGACCCCUAAACACCUCGGUGGCCCCCGCUCCCCUCCCCUCCGGGCCCAGUCAGGUGUCUGGAGCGCUGCCCCCGUACAAUAGUGAACCUCAUCCGGUGCCGGCCCGCUCCAUGUCCCCUCUCGACCACUCCAACUCCAGUCAGGGACUGAAACUGAAGAAGAGCGGUUCAAAGUCACUUUCCCAGAAUUCCUCUGUGCUUCCUGAGGAGGAGGAUGAGAAGUCCUGCAGUGAGUCGGAUGCCUGUCGCCACAAACUGGUAGUGGACCAGCAGGAGUGUGGUGUGACCCCAGACAGUGAAAACCUGACUCUCUCCUCGUCUGGAGCCAUCGACCAGUCGUCCUGCAACGGCACCCCCCUCUCCUCCACCAUCACUUCCCCUGAAGAUCCAGUCAGCAGCAGUCUGGCCCAGUCAGUGAUGUCCAUGGCCUCGUCCCACUCGCAGCACUCCCACAUCAGCACUGACACCAUGUCCUCCAUGUCAGGGUCCUACCUGGCCGGGGCCGAAGGCGAACCCGGGGCUGACGUGGGGGGAGAUGUGGGUGAGGAGAACCAGGACGCCUCCAUGCGGAGCCGAGGGCUAGCGCAGCAGGACGGGGGGUUUGCUAUAGAUCCAAAGGAACAGAACUACUCAGUGGCUUUAGAGGAUCAGGACUCAGAGGGAAAUGAUGUCACUGAGGAAGACUGCUCUUCCCCUUCUAACGGGAAAGGUGGGCGGAGCAGGUGUCCAGAGUUGGCCAAUAACAAUCAGGGCGUCGCCCACUGCGACACGCCCUCUUUGGGGUUGGAUAACGAGCAGGCUCCCGACAGCCGAUUCGCCGAUCUCCUGUACCUCGGGGGCUACAGGCCCGCUCUGGAGCCCCCCCCCCAUCACACCUCCACCAGCAAUAUCAACCUGGAGGACCAGGGGGCGGAGCCCGGGGACGGCCAGAGCCCCCGCCACCCCCGCCGCGGACCACUCAUUGUGUAAACCCUCUCCCGUAAACAAAUUCAAACACCCCCCCCCAGCGUCGGCCCGCCCAGCCUGCCACCUGUGCUGCAACACUGGAUACUGUCCUCGCCGAGCAGGGAAACACAUCCUCCCCUGACCCAACAUCUCCCGGGCCGACUGAGGAGUCACCUCUCCACGAUCGCUGCACUUUUAUCUCAGAAGUUUUUUGUCCUCUUGUCUAUGACCUGACAUACUGCGGCAUCGAUGAUCCUUCCGCUCCGCUAUUAUUUAUUACCUGUUGGUUUAAUGAGCGCUGCGUAUUGUGACGCUGUCUUUACAAAAACUCUGUUUUCCCUCCUUCCAACUGUAUUACCAGCCAAACAGUCAGGGUUACUGUGAUCGGCAAUCGGAUUUAUUCCUACAAACUCCUUCCUCUCUCCUAUGAACUGUGUUGAAUGAGUGGUCGGGCACGACGACGCGAAGCGUCGGCUCUCACCGGACUACCUUAUCUCGCCGAAGAAGACUCUCUUCUGAUCAGGGAGCUCCCGUCUCGACUCCGCAUGCAGUUCUCCUCCUAAUUCCCGCUGCUGUGUUGAACAACCUGCGCUGAAUUCACGAGCGGACAAGACGUUCAUGUCGAUGAACGAGGAGCCCAAAACCCCCCGGAGGAGACUGACAGUAAAUGAAGCCCCGCAGAAUGUAGGACGACGACGGCGGAUCUCGCAGAGGGAGAAUGUACGUGACACCUAAACUGUCACUUUAACCGCUUUUAAACACUAACUUUGUACCCGUGCCGUCCAUGUUUCCAGCUCCAUCCCAGCAUGUCAGUAUUGUUGUAGUGCACCCGGGAAGGAACCGGCCCAGCCGAGCAAUAACAAAACACUGCUUUGCCCUCUCUUCUCCGGCACUCGGACGCUCAUUUGCAGCUCAGACAAUAACAAAACUGAAUUUGCACUGGCCUGUUAUACUCAAAUUCAGUGUUUAAUUGUCAUUUUGUAUUUUAAUGUUGCCAUUGUAAAGGGAUUCAUUGUGGGGGAAAAACAAACCAACAAAAGACACACGUGGUGAAGAGGAAACAGUUCAGGCCACUCUGUUAACUUGACUAACCUUUCUCCACCUUCAUAUUCCUUCGUUCUGAUCGUCCCGAUGCGCCUGUUUCCCCUUGUUGGUGAAGCUUUUAGUUGUUUUGAUUUUGUACAACUUUGGUGUAUAUCUUACCUGAUAUUGAUGAUCCUCUUCUUUUGUGUUUUGAUUUGUUGCAGAACACUGUGUUGUUUAUUAGAAUGUGGAUGAAAAUAUGUGAACGUUUUGUAAAGGUUUACGCCCUUGAGCAAACCUGCGACGUGUAAAGAUGAACCGAAAAAGGGAUGAUAUCUACAUUUAAUGCACUAUUAGCUGAUUCCUAGACGACACAUUUUUCUGGUGCAUGAGGUGAUAAUACAGUGAGCAUGUUAGUCUAGGUCAGCCUGCACCUUCAUGAAGAUUUGACGAUGGAUCACUGCGCAAACAUGAAGCAGCAUCAUAUCCUUCCGUGGUGUUAUACUUUAGCUGUUGGCAUCUUUUCCCGCUGGCGAAACUGUUACGGUCAAGAUUACCGCACUACUAUACCCGAGCUGCAUACAGUCAUCUGAUCACAGUCUGAAUGUGCAGACGAAGCCGCUCUCUGACACCGGUCGCAGUAUGAUGUCCAAGAAACCCGCAAGACCCCACUUUUGUAGAGUGAAAACGUCAAAGAACAGUUAAAAGAGACAAUAAAGUUUU